AUGAUGGAUAGAAAGUGCAAUAGUACCCUGCAUCUGGCACUGAAGGGAGGCCACAUAGAGAUAGGAAGUUUGCUGAUCGAAAAAGGAGCUGACCUUAGUGACUUGUUCAUUAGUCUCAUUGAGGGAUAUACCGAAAGGUUAAAAGUCUUAGAGGUAAUUAAUCCGCUGUAUGUAUCAAAACUGUGCAGGCAUGGAUUGCUACAUAAACCUGUUCGGCUUGGUUAUCAUGGCAUCACUAGAUUUCUGUUGUCAUGUAAAGGAAUCGAUGUAAAUGUUAGAGAUUCAGUAGGCCAGAUGCCUCUCCAUUGUGCUUUAGAGAUAGGAAAUGAAGAUAUUGUCAGUGCAUUACUUACUGCUGGUCAUAAAUUGGACGCUUCGGACGGCUCGGCUAGAAAUGUGUUGCAUCUGUCCGCCAUCUACGGACACCAUGCGCUGAUGGAGUCCUUCAUCAAGAGAGGUCUGGACCCAAAUGAAGUUGAUCUCCAAGGGAAGACUAGUCUCCAUUAUGGCGUCAUUUAUCGUCAAGAUGAUAUAGUUAGUCUCUUACUCCGCCUUGGAGCUGAGUGGAAAGUGAAGGAUCGUGCUGGCAAGAUACCAAUUGACUACCUACAUUACCGUGAGAGAAACAGUGCAAUAUUCAAAGAACUAACUCAGCACCCAUUGAGUAUAAAAGUGUUGCCACUGAAAGAAACUAACCAAAAGAUAAGUCGUAGUUGUUUUAACCUCGCACAGCUAAGUAAGGAGCCCGGUAUUGGGUCUGUUAACAAUAUCAAUGAAUUCGUAAUGACGAAUUUCAUCGGACUUGUGAGAAGAAUGGUAGAGAAGGUCAUCCAUGAUGCGCUGCCUAGUGAUGCAAGUGUCAAGGUUGUAGGGUGUGGGAGCUCAUUCGAGGGCUCAAAAGUUGGCAUGCCAGACGAACUGGACUUCUUGAUAGAGAUCGGUUCGAUACAUCGCAAUCCAGGAGAAGAAACCGAAGGUUACGGAAAGAUGGAACAUGACGAAGAUUCAAUCAAACAAUUGAAUAUACAUGGCACAUAUGGUGUGUGGCUAUGGGACACCUUGAUGACCUACUGGAGAGAGAAUCACGGCAAGGAUAUUGGCGAUGGGUUUAGAUUGGACUUGCCACCACAGCGACAUCCCGACAGGAAGACCUGUACGACUUGGAUAUGGCUAUACAGCAAUGAAAUGUUCCAGGACCUUCCGGUGUCAAUUGACUUUGUUCCCGCCAUUAAAACUGAUUGUCUCGCUGAAGAAAGGACAACUUGGAUGAUGACAAAGGAGGAAAUAAGAAAAAAACAUCGCUAUAUUGUCCCAAAGAUUCCGUACGAAAACAGUGAUGUGUCAAAGUCCUUUAAGUCGGAGGAUUUGAACCAGCUCGGCCGAAUAUCUUACCCGACACUGGAAGUAGAACAUAUGCAGAGCUUAGAUGAGAGACUGAUGGAUGUGUUUAUUACAGUGAAAUCUCUUCGCCGGCCAGAGGUGUGUGGCUUUAAAAUCAGGAAUGAAAAUGGAAAGGCUGUUGCUGUUGGCGAACACAUUACAAGUUACAGAUUGAAGUCAGUGUUCUUGCACCUCGUUGAACUAUUUUUGAAGUCAAAGACGCUGUCACAUGGUAAAAUGGUAUUGAUGGUGUAUGAACACAUGGAGAAAUGUCUUGCGCGAAGGAGGCUACCAUCAUUCUUCGAUCCUACGGUAGAUGUAUUGGCUGGUUGCAGGUUGAAUACCAAGGACAGCCACAUUGUGGCAAAGAUGAUGGCGAGACUGGUGAAGUCCAUGUAUGAGAGAGACUUCCAAUCAGCAGUCGCCAAAGAUUUGGAGGAAGAACAGGAGAUUAUAAGAGUAUCAAGAGCAGAAUAUGAUGAGAAAGAAAAGUUCUGUAAAAUGAACGAAUAUGCAUACUAUAGACAAUAUGGAGCGUGGCACAUGCCAAUUUAUCUAUAAAACUAAUGUUUAGAUUGCACUUUAAAUAUAUCACUAUGGCGAUUCAUCUA